UAUGCAGCGCUUCCUCAUCCCCGCCAUCCUUAUCCUUUUUUAUACUCAACAGCUUUCUUGCAGGUCGCCUGGCACCAGGCAGCAACAAGGAAAGACUGGAGACAAAUCUGCAAGAAUCAGCGAGGUUCAUCGGCGCAAAGAGAUAUGCCAGUGGCCCUGCAGAUGCCCACGUGUACCAACCUGCAUCCCUGGGGUGAGCCUGGUGAAGGAUGGCUGCGGAUGCUGCAAGAUGUGUGCCAAACAGUCAGGAGAAACCUGUAAUGAAGCAGAGGUCUGUGACCCUCACAAGGGGCUUUACUGCGACUACUCUGCAGAUAAGCCUAGGUAUGAAACAGGAGUGUGUGCAUAUAUGAUCGCAGUGGGCUGUGAGCUCAGUGGUAUGCACUAUAUCAAUGGCCAAACCUUCCAGCCCACCCCCCUAUAUAAGUGUUUGUGUGUCAGUGGUGUAAUUGGAUGUACGCCUGUAUUCAUCCCAAAGUCAGCACCCAAAGAAUGUGCCGUGCUCAAGGGUGGAAGGAAAUCUGGACACUCCAAAUGUGUGCCAGGACAACAGAAGGAGCAACAAUCAACAGGUUACAGAUUAAUGCCAGCUUUCAGAAGCGCACCACUUGUUUCGAAGAAGAAAUGCCUAGUACAGGCAACUCCAUGGACACCUUGUUCUCAAACCUGUGGUAUUGGUAUAUCUGAUAGAGUGACUAAUGAAAACAGCAAAUGUGAAAUGAGGAAGGAAAAGAGACUUUGCUAUAUUCAACCAUGCCAAACAACAUUUCCAAACAUACUAAAGAUUCCUAGAGGAAAAACAUGCCAGCCUACAUUUCAACUUCCCAGAGCAGAGAAAUUAGCUUUUGCUGGAUGCACAAGUAAACAAAGAUACAAACCUACCUUUUGUGGAAUGUGCCUGGACAACAGAUGUUGCAUACCCAGCAGGUCUACCAUGAUUACUGUGCAGUUUGACUGCUCUAAGGAAGGUUCCUUCAAGUGGAAGAUGAUGUGGAUCACAUCCUGCAUUUGUCAGAAAACAUGCAAAGACCCAAGAGAUGUAUUUUCUGAUCUCAAGCUUUUAUAA